UCAGCAAUUUUCCGGAUCGCCGAAUAAGCUGGAAAAACAGCGACGGACAGCAAAAAGCAUCGAAAAAUAAAGCGCAACAGAUCACCGACUGCAUAAAACGUUUCACAAACCAAACCUCUGUUUGCCACGAUGAAGAAGAAACAUGUCUCACGGAAGCUGAAGUCAUCGUGGCGCAAGCAUAUCGACACGACGGAGAUAGAUGAGUUUCUCGAGCAGCAACGACAGGACGAGCGAAUCGGAGCGGUGGAGGAGCAGCCGGAUGGUGCCCUGUUCACCGAGGAAAAGAAACCGAGCAAACCGAAGGCGACACGUCGCGAAUUGCGGCACAAAAAGUUUACCGAAGAGCCCAAAUCGUUCCUGGCGCUCAAGAACGUCUCGAGGGUACGCGAUCCGAUCGUAAAACGCAAUAUCAAGAAGCAAACUUUGGCCCCGCUUCGGAACCCCGCCAGCAGCAGCAGCGUUAGCCUCCGCGUACCGCGUAAGAAAACCACACUACCGAAGUCUAUUUGCGAGGCCAACCACGAAGACCUGUGGACAGGUGAGGAUGUGCUGCCGAAGGAACUGCAGAGCGAGUGGAUCGGCAAGGAGCAAUUGCUGCAUACGCUUAAACACGCGGGAAAGCCGAAGGUGAAGCAACCGGGAAAGAUAGUUACCGGGAAGGAGACGUUGCCAGCUUCCAGUUUGCCGCGGGAGGGAUCAAGCUACAAUCCCGCCAUCGAUGACUAUCUGGAGCUGAAGGAUGAAGCGGUAGCUGAGCAGCGAAAGAUCAGGAAGCGAGAAGCACACUUCGAUCGAGUCGUCACCAAUAUGUUCAUUAAAGAGCUACCGGAAGUGCGACGGCAGAGGCAACUACAGGAAAUGUCCGAGGGGCUUAUCAAAGCGGAAGGAGACGAGUCAGAAGUUGAGGAUUGCGACUCGGCGACGGUUCUGGUUGGGAAGCGUAAGAAACCUAAGGCGAAGAAAUCGAGAAGUAAGCGCCAAUUGCAGUAUCAAAAGUUACGCGAACAUAAACUGGUAAAAGCCGAACUGAAGAAACUGAAGGACAUUAACCGUGCGGCAGAGAUAAACGCUGAAUUGGAGAAAGCUGAAGCGAAGCAGGAGUUGAAGAAAAUGUCCGCCGAAGGUCCGAAAGUGGACAUAAUUCCAAUCGAUUUUAUCGAACCCCAGCAACUAACGGGCAGCCUGCGGACCGUCCAACCGACGAACAAUCUGAUGGCAACGGGACUUCCUAAGCUUCGCCAAGUAAGCAUCUUUAAGAAGAGUCGCGCCGAGGUGCAGCGUAACAUCAGAGCGCCACGGAAGAAGGUGAAAUAUGUGCGCAGCUCGCACAAGAAUGUAGAGUGAUUGAGAAUGUUAAAU